AGUUUGCGUUACCAGCGUAUUGCGACACAGCGUUUCGUCAGUCGAGACAUGCAUUUCGCUCGGAGUGCUAUAUCUCCCGUCUAUGCUACACACGAUCUCACCGGCCAAAACGGAUUUUUUUAGAUUUCAUCUUUGAAUAUCUCCAGAAAUUAAUCCAAGUUUUUCUUGUGCAAGAGUGCUUUGUAUUCUGCAUUUUUAUAUCUCAACGAUGGCUGAAAACGACAUUGUAGAAGAAACGAAAUGGUUGUCCAAGAAAAGAACAAAGAAAUUCGGCCGAUCUUUCAGUUUAGCGGAUACAAGUCUGCUUGCCAACUUUUCCCGCAAUCGCAGCAAUGAUGGAACAGAAGAUGCGGAUACUACCCCUAGCUCUAAAUCAGUUAAAGAUGAUAGUGAGAUAAAAGACGAGUCUUAUUUAAUGAAGAACCAACUUUCUUCUGGUAAAAUGGACAAAAAGGAUAAGAUGUUAGAUAAAAAUUUGGAUAAGAAGUUAUCAGACAGGUCACCUGCUUUGGCCAGAAAACAAAACAAGGAGUCACUAAAGGCAAUCAAGAAAAGCUAUAGACUUGAGCAAAAGAAGAGAACUAAAGAAUUGUCUAUUGCCAUCAAGGAUCCCUCUGUGAUCAUUCUUUCCUCUUACUUGAAGAUCCGUGGCUCUUUGAAAGGUUGGGCAAAGUUUUGGUGUGUUGUCAAGCCAGGCAUGCUUAUCAUUUAUAAAAGUCCUAAGCAUGGUGUAUGGGUUGGCACAGUACUUCUGAACUCAUGUGAAUUAAUUGAGAGACCUUCCAAGAAGGAUGGAUUCUGCUUCAAGUUAUACAAUCCCCUGGAGCAUUACAUCUGGGCGACAAAGGGACCCAAAGGGGAGAUGGCUGGAGCAAUCGUGCAACCUAUGCCUAAGGACCACUUGAUAUUGAGGGCGCUCACGGAAUCUGAUGGAAGAUGUUGGAUGGAUGCUUUGGAGGUAGCACAGCGACAAGGUUAUCACAUUCAGAGGGACAGGAAAGGAAUGGUGAGUGAUUUGUAUGGAAGUAAAGAAGAUCGAGAGGAUCGAGAGGAGCGUGAGGAUGAGCCUACAGCACCAGAUGGUGAUGAUGACAGUCUUAAUGAUGGCCUGGAGAAGUCGGAUUCUGAGAAUGAAAUGGAUGAGACCAUAGAGCCAGAAAAGGAGGAAGGUAGACCAGAUGAGCCAGAAGAAGAAGAGCCAUUUGAGGAGACACUCUACGUUCCUGACAAAGAGACAGAGUAUUUUGGGGAGGCUGGUGAAGCAACUGAGGAAAUUGAAGACGAGAACAAAAGUAUUCUCUGGGCAUUGCUUAAGCAGGUCAAGCCUGGCAUGGAUCUCUCACGUGUCACUUUACCAACAUUCAUCCUGGAACCAAGAUCGUUCCUAGACAAACUUUCUGAUUUUUACUACCACACUGAUAUCCUGUCCAGAGCUGCAUGUGAGGAGAAUCCGUACAGUCGCAUGAAGGAGGUCAUCAGAUGGUAUCUGUCUGGCUUCUACAAGAAACCUAAAGGCUUGAAGAAGCCAUACAACCCAAUCAUUGGCGAGAUGUUCCGUUGCUAUUGGCAACACCCGCGGGGAUCCCGCACCUUCUUCGUGUCGGAGCAGGUAUCCCAUCAUCCCCCAGUGUCAGCGUUUUACGUGUCAAAUCGCCAAGAUGGGUUUGUCAUCAAUGGAGCGAUUCUCGCCAAGUCCAAGUUUUACGGUAACUCUUCGUCAGCCAUACUUGAUGGGGCGGCUACCCUGGCACUGUUGAGGUUUGGGGAGGAAUACACCAUGACCAUGCCUUACGCGCACUGCAAAGGUAUUCUUAUCGGUACGCUCACCAUGGAACUCGGUGGCACGGUCACCAUCAAUUGCGAGAAGACCGGCUACAAGGCAGAGAUAGAGUUUAAGCUGAAGCCCUUUUGGAAGAAGAGCGGUGAGUCGAAUUACAUAGCGGGCAAGAUCAUCAUGGGCAAAGAGACGUUGUGUAAAAUCGAGGGCAAGUGGGAUGGCGAGAUUGUUAUCACAGAUCUGAAAGCCUCUAAUGCCAUUGACGAGGAACCCUUUCCAGACCUGUUCUGGGAACCGACGCCCGAAAUUCGCUCUCAGCGACUCAAGCGUCAUCUGGUUGACUACAGCACACAGGGCGAGUUCGAGUCAGAGAAGUUGUGGAUCGGCGUUAGCAACGCUAUCAAAGCCGCUGACCAGGAGGGUGCCACAAGAGAGAAGUUCUCGCUGGAGGAGGCACAAAGGAAAGGCCAUCGUGAACGCAAGGAGCAAGGCGUCGACUGGGUGCCCAGGCUCUUCGAGCGAGAUCCGAGCGCUCCUGAAGCCAUCAACCGCUGGGUCUACAAGUACAGAGACGUGCGCCCGUGGGAUCCUCUGACAGACCUUGUGGAGUAUGAGAACAGUGGAAUCGUCAAGACGCGCUACCGCCUAAAGGCCCCGAUGGUACGCGCCACAAGCGUGCUAUGCGUCCAAACACCCGGCGUCAAGAAGGCGUCGUCCAAGCGAAAACGCCCCACCUCAGGGCGCUUUCGACUGGGCGUCCCUAAAGGGUCCCGCCGCGGCUCGCUAGAACGGUCAGGAUGCUCCACUCCCGACCCCGAGCACUCGGACAGCGUGGAGGACGAAUACGAUGACGUCAGCGUUCGUGAUCUCGUGGACAUCACCACUCUGGAGAAGACGGUGCAGCCCAUCCGGGACUUGCAGAAGGAGUGCGUGCAACAGAUGCGCGCAAUACGGGGCGACCUGCGCCGCCAUUACAACUCGCACCAGGACGAAAUCGCCUCUCUGCAGUUCAAAGACUGGGCCCUUAUUCUGCUCCUAGUUAUUUUCCAAUCCAUCGUGCAGUGGUGGACCAAGAGCUAGCUAUGGCAACGGUAGCUCAGGAUAUGAAGUAGCUUUGGUUGCUAAUGAAAGUUGUUGCUAGAAGUGUUGCCAUGGUUAAAUUGCCUGAGGAUAGUUGUUAGCAAAUUUGCUUUUUAGGAACACAUGAAUUUAGAGGGUAUUUCUAAAACAAAAGGUAUUACUAUAAAAUUUACUUGAUAAAGUUCUCUUUAUCAAGCUCAUAGAUACAAAUUUUAAUUAUAUUAUUCUAAAACAAAGAUAUAUUUUACAUAUGGGAAGGUGUACGUUGAUCGAAUUAUCACAGUUACCUAAUUCUCUAAAUUGCUAACAAUGUGUUGACUACAUGACUAUCUUGGCUAGUGGACGUGACCAAGAGUGCAAUCUACCUCUCUACGUCUGUCUGUUUUUAACGCUUGUCGUACGGUUACAAGCGCGUGUCUUACCGUUACGAGCGCGUGUUGUACCGUUACGAGCGCGUGUCUUACCGUUACGAGCGCGUGUUGUACCGUUACGAGCGCGUGUCUUACCGUUACGAGCGCGUGUUGUACCGUUACGAGCGCGUGUCUUACCGUUACGAGUGCGUGUUGUACCGUUACGAGCGCGUGUUGUACCGUUACGAGCGCGUGUCUUACCGUUACGAGCGCGUGUUGUACCGUUACGAGCGCGUGUCUUACCGUUACUAGCGCGUGUUGUACCGUUACGAGCGCGUGUCUUACCGUUACGAGCGCGUGUCUUACCGUUACGAGUGCCUGUUGUACCGUUACAAACGCGUGUCGUAUAUCGUUAUGAACUCGUGCCGUACUGUUACGAUUGCGUGUCGUACCGUUACGAUCGCGUGCCCUACCUUACGAGCGCGUGUCCAAACGUUACUAGCGCGUGUCGUACCGUUAAGAGCGCGUGUCUUGCCGUUACGAGUGCGUGUUGUACCGUUACAAACGCGUGUCGUACCGUUAUGAACUCGUGCCGUACCGUUACGAUCACGUGUCGUACCGUUACGAUCGCGUGCCCUACCAUUACAAGCGCGUGUUCAAACGUUACGAGCGCGUGCCGUACCGUUACGAGCGCGUGUCUUGCCGUUACGAGCGCGUUAGACCUGCGAAGAGGACAGACUACCUAUCCCCUUCUGCAGCAUGUACGACCAGUGGAUUAUCAUUGACCCCUCUAUCGAUUUUUAAGAGGAGUUACAAAUUAACACCCUUAAAAUCAGUAUUUCAUGACUCUGAAGAAGUUUGUAUGGAUGUGUACGCCAACAAGGGGUCGCUUUUGCUUGAUUCAGCCUCUGUUUAACUCACGACUUUAAGGGGCAGUCGCACCGGUAGCGGUAUCUUUCAAGAAUGCUACCGUCACCAAUUCAGCACAGAGAAAAACUACUUGACACUAUCUGAAAGCUGUUUGAUUGUCUUCUUGUGAGUAAAUUCGGCGCGAUGCAAACGGAUUUCACGUCUACAUACUCUUUCAGCCGUCUUUUUCGCUCCCAAGAAAUGACGACUUCACGGUGUGUUUUCAUUUUGAGACGAACGUGCGACUGCCCCUUUAAUCGCGAUACUAAACCACAUUCUCAUUUUCCAACUCACCCAAAGCAACGAAAAGAAGUAUUUAUUGACUUUUAUCUAAAUGCAAUGGAUUUGUCGAAUUUUCUUAUUAUAGAAUAGCAGUAGGUUAAAUGGUAGUAGAGAUUUAGAUUUUUAUCGGGCCAAAUGAAUUAUAAAACAAAAUUGAAUGUGUACAGGUUUUAGUGAAUACUCGUGCCCAAGCCCAGCCAUAAUUUUCACUUUCACGGACAAUCUGGUACAUGGGCCAUGUACCAAAGUAUCCCCCGUCACUCCUAAUCGUACUCAAUGAUACAACAGUAAUUAUUUGGGAAACACAAGGGAUUCUUUUUGAUCUCGGAAAAUAAAGGAUUUACUUAUAA